CAUAUCUUUGGAAUUGAAUUUUUUCCUGGCAUCUCUAAUGUUGGUGAGUUGCCAUUUUAAUGGAACAAGUGAAAGCUUAUAUUUUAAGUUGAAACUACUAAAUUGCAGUAGAUUUUAAUUUUUUUCUGUCUACUUGACUAGAGUCUAUUGGAAGAUUAUCAGAAUUGUUUGAGUCACAAGUAGGUAGUUUCAGUAACAGGAGCACUCAGGGACAAAUUUCAAUUCGCACAUAUUUGUUUUUUUCUUUCUUUUUUUUUAUUUUUGACUAAUUUGGUUAUUUGCCAUUUCUGGGGAUUAAACUUUAAAAAAUGUUCUUCUUUUCUGUAUCUGAUGUUCUGUGUGCUAUUAGUGAUGCAGCCAACACGAACGGUUGUCAUGUGUAACACAACUUUCGAUCACCGCGAAAACACCGUCCUGGGAAAGCGUCCAUGCUUGAUAUCGUUUGGUUCAUGAACAUUAAGUUUCCAGUACAGGUAAAAUUCCAGAGGAAUCCAAAGCCCUUUCUUUAUUGGCUCCUGCUCCAACUAUGACAAGUCUGAUGCCAGGUGCAGGCUUGCUUCCCAUCCCAACUCCAAAUCCCUUGACUACGCUGGGUGUUUCACUUAGCAGUUUGGGAGCUAUACCAGCAGCAGCAUUAGACCCCAAUAUCACAUCACUGGGAGAGAUACCACAGCCUCCACUUAUGGGAAAUGUCGAUCCUUCCAAAAUUGAUGAAAUUAGGAGAACAGUCUAUGUUGGCAAUUUGAAUUCCCAGACAACAACAGCUGACCAGCUACUUGAAUUUUUUAAACAAGUUGGAGAAGUGAAGUUUGUGCGAAUGGCAGGUGAUGAGACUCAGCCAACACGGUUUGCUUUUGUGGAAUUUGCAGACCAAAAUUCUGUACCAAGGGCCCUUGCUUUUAAUGGAGUAAUGUUUGGAGACAGGCCACUGAAAAUAAAUCACUCCAACAAUGCAAUAGUAAAACCCCCUGAAAUGACACCUCAGGCUGCCGCCAAGGAAUUAGAAGAAGUAAUGAAGCGAGUACGAGAAGCUCAGUCAUUUAUCUCUGCAGCUAUUGAACCAGAGUCUGGAAAGAGCACUGAAAGAAAAGGUGGUCGAUCUCGUUCCCAUACUCGUUCAAAAUCCAGGUCUAGCUCAAAGUCCCAUUCUAGAAGGAAAAGAUCACAGUCAAAACACAGGAGUAGAUCCCAUAAUAGAUCACGGUCAAGACCAAAAGAUAGGCGGAGAUCUAAGAGCCCACAUAAAAAGCGCUCUAAAUCCAGGGAGCGAAGGAAGUCCAGGAGCCGGUCGCAUUCACGGGACAAGAGAAAGGACACCCGAGAAAAAAUCAAGGAAAAGGAAAGAGUAAAAGAAAAAGAUAGAGAAAAGGAAAGAGAAAAAGAGAAAGACAGGGAAAAGGAACGAGAAAAGGAAAAAGACCGAGGUAAAAACAAAGAUAAAGACCGGGACAAAGAGCGGGAAAAAGAUCGGGAAAAGGACAAGGAAAAGGACAGAGAAAGAGAGCGGGAAAAAGAUCAUGAAAAGGAGCGAGACAAGGAGAAAGAAAAGGAACAGGACAAAGAAAAGGAACGAGAGAAGGACAGAUCCAAAGAGUUAGAUGAGAAAAGGAAGAAGGAUAAAAAAUCCAGAACACCACCCAGAAGCUACAAUGCAUCAAGAAGAUCUCGUAGUUCCAGCAGGGAGAGGCGGAGGCGGAGGAGCAGGAGUUCUUCCAGAUCACCAAGAACAUCAAAAACCUUAAAAAGGAAAUCUUCUAGAUCUCCAUCCCCUAGAAGCCGAAAUAAGAAGGAUAAAAAGAGAGAAAAAGAAAGGGACCAUAUCAGUGAAAGACGAGAACGUUCAAAUUCUACGAGGAAGAGUUUUACUGAUAGAGAUGUGAAGGAAAAGUUGGAGAAGAGCAGUACUUCACUUAAAGAGAAAGAGCACAAUAAAGAACCUGAUUCAAAUGUGGACAAAGAAGUAGAGGAUAAGGAAGCACCAAGGACUGAGGAAAACAAAGUACAGCAAAAUGGGAAUUGCCAGCCAAAUGAAGAAAACCUCUCCACCAAAUCAGAAGCAGUAUAGAAGUGACAAAUGCAUCUCUGAAAAUGCUGGUACAAAAUCCAAAGCUUUUAACUCUCAACAAGAUGUUAAGCAGUGAAGAAAUGCAGUUGAGCAGAAAGAUAGGAGCUAACAGCUUUUUUAGUUGUUAGGUGACUCUGUUACAUCUUGUUAUUGAGUAAGAAAAUGAAGCAUGGACAUCAUGAGAAUAACAGAUGUUACUCGAACUCUUCAUCUUCUAAAAUCUGCAUUUCCAUGGUGGCUGACACAAUCGUCAUGUGGUUUGUUAGUGUUUGCCAAAAAACAAAAACAAAAACAAAAACAUUACAGAUAAACGGACAUAAAAGAUCCAAUAUUGUACUAUUCGUAAAGACUGGAGAUAAACGUUGGAGGUUCUUAAAAAAAGAUGCUAGUUACUGGAUUUUGUAUUGUUUUACUUUUUAAAUUUCAAUAUAUACAGAUUGAUGAUGUGCUUGAAAUCGGUGCAAAUAUACACACCCUUGUAAGUGCAGAGUAUGUAAGACAUUUUAAUAUUACUUCACAGAAUUUACAGUGGUUGUGUUAAAUUUUCACUAUUGUGUUUCCUUUUGCUCACUGUUAGUACAAGUUUUUCUUUAAGCUGAUUUUACAGAUAAAAAUUGCUUAAAUAAGUGGAUAAAAAACAACUGACAAUGCAUGCUACUGUUCUCUUUCAAAAGGAAGAGCAACUGUGUUGAA